AGUGACUGAACAAUGCAGAAGGACAGUGGCCCACUGGUUCCUUUACAUUAUUUCAGUUUUGGCUAUGUGGCCCUGGUUGCUACUGGUGGGAUUAUUGGCUAUGCAAAAGCAGGCACUACGUCUGGGACCUUGGCUGGCAUUAUGGGGAUGAGAUUCUACAACUCUGGGAAAUUUAUGCUUGCAGGUUUGAUCGCAGGAGCCAGUUUGCUAAUGGUUGCCAAACUUGGAAUUAGUAUGUUGAGUUCACCCCAUCUGCAGUAA